GAAUGUCUUAUGUUCCUAAUUUUGUUCCAAGUGAAUAGCCACUGUAUCUCAAAUUACAGAUAUCCUAGAUUCCUUCAGCAUGGGAUGAACUGAAAUUGAAACAUUUUCUAACGAGUCAAGGAUAUUCUGUGUCUGAUAUAUAGAUGUUAAAAAAAGAUGAUCGUAUUGAAAUAGUCUAAUAGCAAGCUAAAUCCAAAGGAGCAGCAAUAGUCAAAUUCAAUAAAAUGCAAGAGGGAGAAAAAGCCACAAAACAAUUGAAAGAAGUGGCUGUGGAUGGAAUGCAGCCUCUGGUACUGAAAUGGGCUGAGGGUGAAAAAGAAAGAUUAGGAGUGGCUGAGGAAACUUCUCCCAAGAUACAAAUUGAUGGAUUAUAGAAGGACUGCGAAGAGGCAAUGAUUAAGGAGAUCUUCAUGAAAUAUGGUCAAGUCACUGACGUUUAGAUCCAGAAUUAAGGAUAGUCUUCGAUUAGUGCCAUCGUGUCAUACACAUUUAAGGAGAGUUGCCUAUUAGCAAUCAAGAAUAACCAUAAUAAGAAUUAAUUAGGGUAAUACUCUUAAUGCUAUAAUCAAAGUGAUCGUCCUCUGGAUGUAAGAUUUUUGGGGUAGCCUGCGACAAUUGCAAAUAAGUAGUAUCCAGAUACUCCUGCGACUGAAGAAGGAGAUCCAAUUAGAGACAUUGUACAUUUAUUAUAAUGGCUAGACUAAAUCAUAUACGAGGUGGCUGGAUCAGAAGAAGAAACCAAUUUACAUUCAUUGGGAGACUGGGGAAAUUGUGAGAAGGUUGGAUAUUCAUAUCAUUUUAUUAGUGUGAGUUUCGGUUCAAUUAUAUAUUCACCAGACGGAAGCAAGGAAAUAAUUACUAAAGAAAAGUAUUUGAAUGAUUUGGCUACGUUCAAUUCCAAGAAGACAGGACCUCCUGGGGCCAAUCUCUUUGUUUUCCAUUUACCAAAUGAACAUAAGGAUUCUGAUCUAAUGGAUUUGUUUUCAUCUUAUGGCAAUGUAAUUUCAGCAAGAGUUAUGACUGACCCAAAAACUGGUAAAAGUAAAGGAUUUGGAUUUGUGAGUUUUGACAAAUAAGAAAGCGCGUAAAAAGCAAAGGAAGCUAUGGAUGGACAUUUGAUAGGUAAAUUCAAACAAAUAUAUAUGAAAGAUAAGAAAAAGUUGUCAGUUACAUUUAAGUAAGGUGAUGGAACUCCAUGUUAACCACUUUAAUACUAAUGGUUACCAAGUAUUCAAUAAGUGUAAUUUGAUCCAUUUGAUUUGUGA